AUGUCAACCCUAGGUGUCCUUGACACUCGUCCUCUUUCCGAGCUUCGCCUCAAUGAUACCGAGUUUGCUCAGUUCCGCAAGGAUGCCCCACCUUCAAGCACGUACAAAAGUCUUGUUGACCAACAGUCUCCCAGACUCAAAGUCAUUGGCUUCAAUGAAGACACAAAGAACGUUUUGAAGCUGUCCAAUCCCCAAGGCGAGGAUUAUGUCGAGGUGCCUUGGUCGUCAAUGGACAGCAUCCUUUGGAUUGCUCAACGGCUGGAAGAUAUCAUUCAUGUUUCCCUACACCACUUUUUCCUAGCGACUGACGACGGUGUGGUUUUCAAGGGCUUUGGGGAGCUAGUAUGCACAGUCAACGCGUUCAAAUCCAGAGACCAAAUAGUUCUUACUCUUCUCACUCACGCGGACAUGCCCACAUACAUGUCGUCUAAUCUCAAAACCCAUUCUUGGUGGCAUCUUGAGUCCGACACAACCGAUUCCCUUGACCCCCUUGAAAAGUGCAAUGCAGAAUUCCACUUGAUCCAACCCGAAAAAUCAAAGGAUUGGUCGGCAUAUCUCGAACAGAGAAAGAAGGCUGUUGAAGGCUUUGAAUCAGAAUUGAGCCAGUUCGUAGGAGAAGACCUUUCGGCCUUCCACGAGCAUAUUGACAAAGGUGUCUGCGCUGCACUGGCUGUCACGGAUCUUGAAGAAGAUGAACAGAGCGUACUUCACGACACUGUUGUCCCUUUAAGUGUCGACGGUUCUGAUGACGGAUGGGGCAAUGUCUCUCAGUUUGAUGUUCUCUCCCGAAUCUACUCCCCCACACGCCCUAAAUCUGUGGAUGUCUAUUUGGAAUAUUAUUAUCGCACUCGGUACAGCUCGGUUGAGUUCUUUUGUAAUGUCUGGUAUCGCGCCAGCACCAAGAUGACUCCCGACCUGAAGACCAACAUCCCCCGUGGCCCGCGUGCGAUGAAUGGAUUUAGGUCCCUGGUGUCCCUUGGUCUUGAGGACGUUCCACCUGGCAGAAGGUGGCGAGCAAUCGACGAAAGCGAAUGGAAUUUGUCGCCCGAUCAACUCCGUGGUCUGCAUGCGUUGCUGUAUGGAACGGGAUCCAAUGGUGUUGCAGAGAAGAUUUCACACCUUGCCCUCGUGCGACUCCUUCUGGGAUCUGUUGGUUUUGUGCUUGACAUUGCAGAGCAUGAUGGAGAAGAAGACGAGCAAAUACAAGUCGCGGAAUUGAGGUGGGAGGGUACCGACAAAAGUGCUCGUUGGCUGGGCAGCAAUAUUCGAAGGGUUUGUGGUAUUUCAGCUCUCGAACAGGAUGCCCACGACACCGAUAAUGAAGUGGAGGAAGAUGACGACGAAGAGUAUUCAGAUGAAGAAUAUGACCCUCGCGGCAGAGAUGGAUGUUCUUACCAAUAG